AUGUGCCAGUCGUGCUGCUCCCCUUGCUGCCAGCCCACCUGCUGUGGGUCUUGCAGCCGCCCAACUUGCUGUCAAACCAGCUGCUGCAGGACCACCUGCUGCCGGCCGACUUGUGUGACCUCCUGCUGCCAGCCCACCUGCUGUGGGUCUAGUGGCUGUGGGUCCAGCUGCUGCCAGCCUUGCUGCCGCCCAACCUGCUGUCAAACCAGCUGCUGCAGGACCACCUGCUGCCGGCCGACUUGUGUGACCUCCUGCUGCCAGCCCACCUGCUGCAGCACUCCCUGCUGCCAGCCCUUCUGCUGUGGGUCCAUUGGCUGUGGACAGACCUGCUGUGGGUCCAGCUGCUGCCAGCCUUGCUGCCGUCCAACUUGUCAAACCAGCUGCUGCAGGACCACCUGCUGCCGGCCGACUUGUGUGACCCCCUGCUGCCAGCCCUCCUGCUGUGGGUCUAGUGGCUGUGGACAGACCUGCUGUGGAUCCACCUGCUGCCAGCCAGUGUGCUCUGGACCCGUGUACUGCCACAGAACCUGCUACCGGCCCACCUGCUGCAGCCUGCCUGGCUGCCUGCCACAGAGCUGUGGAUCCAGCUGCUGCCAGCCUUGCUGCUUCUGA